AUGGCAGGAAAAGCUCAUCAGGAAGUGCCUACAUACGAGGAAUUUGAACCAUUAUGCCACUGGCAACGCGAUGAAGAUAAAGACAUUCUAGAAAUCCAUCUUCAAGGUUUCAAAAAAGAACAGCUCAGAGUACAAAUCAGCAGCCUCGGCGUCCUCAAAAUCUCCGGAGAAGGUCCGGCGGGAACGUCGUUGAAAUCCAGGUUCCACAAAGAAGUAAUCGCCCCGACCGACACCUACGACACCCAAUCGAUCCAGGCCACAUUCAUCAACGGCGUCCUCUACAUCACCAUGCCCAAAAUCAAACACGGAUCCAACGGCCCCAAGGUCCCGCCGAGAGCCGAUCCGACACCCAAAUCGGAGCCCUCCGGGAUAAAUCAGCCCACGGUGGCCCCACCGUUGCCGAAAUUGAACGAUGCCGACGGCGGAUCUGGAGAGAAGUCGAAGACGGACGUCGUAGGGAAUCGGCCGCCGGGAUUCGAGAUCGAGAAACGGAAGAAGCCGGGGCUGGCGAAGGUGGCGAUGAGCCUGGCCGCGACGGCGGCGGCCCUGGCUGUGCUGGUGGCUUACGUUGUGUAUAUGUACAAGUGUACGGUUGGUGAGCAGCUUGACGACGCUGGCAAGCUGGGUCCUGAGGAGCUUAGCAGCCGAGACCAUGUUUUCGAGAGCAGGCUUAACCUCAGCGUACUUACGGGUCUUGAGGCCACAGUCAGGGUUCACCCACAAUAUUUGAUGGGAUUCUUGGGGAGUGAAUGUCGUAAACGCCGGGCCCGAUUCCAGCACCAUACUUGA